UCACGGUCGAACGCCAGUUUGGACUCAUCGCGGUUGCAGACCAAGUUGUAUUGGCACUGCACGUACGUCAUACAAGUUGCCAUACAAGGACCCCUACUACCGCAAACGCUUUCACAACACCAACCACACGACCGUCGCUAAUACGAAGCAAUGCCGCGUAAAGAUGCUGGCAGUGGACCAAUUUCUGCUCAGGCUCAGCAAGAUCUAGUCUCAGAGGGUAUCGAAAACUUUGAGCUUCCUAAGAGUCUUGUCACGAAGAUAGCAAAGUCAGCAAUGCCAGACAAUGCUAAAUUACAAAAAGAGACUGUAUUGUCUUUGGUGAAGGGUUCGACGGUAUUCAUCAACUACCUUGUGGCGACAGCUCACGACGUGGCUAUGUCCAAACAGCACAAAAGCAUCUCCGCGUCCGAUGUCCUCAAAGCUCUGGAGAUGAUCGAGUUUGGAGAUCUCGUCGAGAAUCUACAGAAUGAGCUUCAAAUUUAUAGAGACAACACGAAAGGAGACAAGAGUCGUAAAUCCGGAACGGCAAGUUCCUCGCACAAGGGCAAGGCCAGAGAAAGUGAAACUGCAUCAGUCGUCUCAAAAUCAAAAGGAAAGGACAAGGCGACGAAUCUGCCACCGCCAUUCACGUUUGCCCCGCGAGCAGCAGUAGCAUCUUCCGCGUCCCAAUCAGACAUGCAUAGCGCUAGGGUCGAACAGGAAGUUGAUGAUGAAAUGGGCGAGCCAGGCGAAGGGGAAGGGGAAGGGGAAGGAGAAGGAGAAGAAGAAGAGCUUGAGGAGGAUGAGGAAGAAGUGGAGGAAGAAGUGGAAGAUGACACACCGGUUGAUAUGAUGGCUGUCGAAGAUGAGGAACAGAAAAAAGAUGCCUCAGGGUUGGAAGAACCUAAGGCUUUGCCAGCCGAGGACUGAUCUUCAUUCGGAAGCUGGUGUGUACGAUAUCAUCAAAUUGAUCCUGCGUUCCGUAGCCUUGAGCCAGUUUGAACGAGUGCGGUGCAAUGUACUUCUCACCAUGUAAGUCGCUGAUUAGAUGAUGCAAGACGCAAUACCAAGGCAUUGAAGUGUACUCAGAUGUGUCGGUGAAUGGAGCUAUGGGUCUGGUCAUACGAUAUGUCAGUCUGCUUCGACUUGCGAUUUUUGAGUAUUUUAAUCUUUCUCCACUAGUUUUAUUCGUAACUGACAAAGAC